UACCCCAACUUAACCCCACUUUCUUCACGUGCAUUGUUUGUUUUUUUUGCCCAUAACGCAAUUCCACAUUUAUUAAUUAAAAAAAAAAACACCAUGGUAGCCAAAAGAAAGAAGAAGUACUCCACCGGCGAGGGGGCCCAAUUUAUCACCCGUAAGGCGGCCCUAAAAAAGCUCCAAUUGUCCCUAAACGACUUCCGAAGACUGUGCAUCCUCAAGGGGAUCUACCCCCGGGAACCGCGUAACCGAAAAAGGGCCCAAAAGGGGCACACCGGCAUUAAGACCCUGUACCACGUCAAAGAUAUUCAGUUUCUGUUACACGAGCCGAUCAUUUGGAAGUUGAGGGACUAUAAGAUUUUUAAUAAGAAAGUGGGACGAGCCAGGGCGAUUAGGGACUUUGAAAAGUUGCACAAGUACCUCAACAAUCAUCCGACCCUCAAGUUGGACCAUAUUGUCAAGGAGAGAUACCCGACGUUCCAAGAUGCUUUAAGGGAUUUGGACGAUUGUUUGACUUUGUGCUUUUUGUUCAGUACGUUUCCUUCGAUUAAGCAUGUGCCCAGGGACCAGUCGGCUCUAUGUCAGAGACUUACCAUGGAAUUUUUGCAUGCUGUUAUCGAAGCCAAAGCAUUAAGGAAAGUUUUUAUUUCAAUUAAAGGUUACUAUUAUCAAGCGGAACUAAGUGGGGAAACAGUGACUUGGAUAGUGCCCCACCAUUUUUCAUACGAGCCGCAGCAAAAAUCCGAAGUAGAUUUUAAAAUUAUGUCCACUUUCGUGGAGUUUUACACCAUCCUCUUGGGGUUCACCAAUUUCCGGUUAUAUCAUAAAUUGAACUUGCACUACCCCCCAAAGUUUACCUCGAUUUCACAAGCGGAUAGUGACAAAUCUUUGGUGGACGAGCAGGCUUUUGUUGCAGAAAGGGUGUGCGCCUUAAAUUACCCGAUUGCCAAGGUUUCUAUGGAUAAUCCAGAGGAUGAGGUCGAAAUUGACCAGUUUAAUAUGGAGGAUAAUCCGGAGAAGAUGGAGGAGGCCCGUCUGGAAGCCGAGAAGGUGAAGAAGCUUAAAAGCCUGUUUAAGGGGUUGAAGUUUUAUUUGAACCGAGAGGUCCCCAGGGAGCCUUUGGUGUUUAUAAUCCGGUGCUUCGGCGGGGAGGUUUCCUGGGAUAAGACUCUGUUUGUGGGGUCAACUUUUGAUGAAAACGAUGAGACUAUUACGCAUCAGAUUGUCGAUAGGCCUUCGAUGCCUCAUCAAUACAUUUCUCGCUACUACAUACAGCCCCAGUGGAUCUUCGAUAGUGUGAAUGCCCGAGAACUGCUUCCGGUUAAUAAAUAUUUUAUGGGGGAAGUUUUGCCACCGCAUUUGUCUCCGUUUAUUGAUCCCGCGAGGGACCAGCAGUACAUCCCACCGGAAGAGAGAGCUUUGCAUGACCCCUCACUUUUAGAGGAACAAUAUAAGAAGGAUGAAAUGGAGAAUAGUGAGGAGGAGGAAGAUGGACAAGAGGAGGUGGCUGAAGAAGAAGAUGCCAAUAAGGUGAGUCAAAUUAAAGAUUUGCUAAGUGAAAUGUGUGUAAUGGUUUUUUUUAUGAAGUCCAAGUUGUCGGUGAGUACCGGUGAGGUGUACAAAGAAGUGCCUUGGGAGAAGAACCGACAGGAAAGGCAAGAGUACCGACUGAGAGAGAAAAUGAUUAAAAAGAAACACAAGAAGUUGUACAAGAGCAUGAUGGAGGGCAAGAAGGAGAGGGCCAAGGAGAUCUGGUUGUUGAGGAAGAAGAGGAGGUUGCACGAUGAAAAACUGGCCGGAGAAAAAAAGAAGAAGAAGAUGAAUGUUGCAGAGUGAACUUUUCAUGUACGAUCUUUAUUUUGCUGUUUUUUUUUUUUAGGAAGGUUUAAUAAAUAAAACGAGCUUCAUUUAACAUAUAGACAA